UGGGAAUCAGCGUAGCUAAAUGGACAGGGAGCAUGUAUGUGUGUGGGUGAGUGCAUGCUUGGGGCAUGGGUGUUUUUGAUUGGGGUAUGUAAAUUGAGGGGCGGGAGACCCUAGGGGAUAAAAGGUGCCCUCUGGGUGACCCCGGUCACUGUCACUUUUUAUUUGAGACGGCUAACGGUUUUACCUGCUUGAGCUUUGGUUUCCUACGGCCUGGAGCAUGGAUGUUGAUGCUAUUCUCGCUGCUCUCAGGGCUGGUGCGGACAGGGACGGUGGCAGGGCGCUUCGUGAGCAAUUUGCUCACCUGUUGCCUCAGGCUGCGGUGCCUGAGCAGCCUUCCGGGUCUGGUGGGGCCGCGGAGGCUUCGGUUAGCGGGCGCGCCUCGGUUCGCCGGCGCGCCCGCCCUCCUGCUCGGUUGAGCCCCGCGGCGGAUGCGGGGGCUCGUUACCGGAGCAGGAGCCCUGAUCGUGGGCCGCGCGCGCCUCGGGAGGAGUCUCCUCGUGGCGGGCGGCCAUCCAGUGCGCCGUCGUCGCCAAGAUGGCGGCAGCGCGUGGCAUCGCGGAGGUCUCGCGAGGCUUCUGGACGGCUCGCGAGACCUGCCGCGGUUUUACCAGAGCCCGCGGCACAGGCGGCUGUGCCUGCCCGGGCCUCGGCGGCAGCUGGGACUCGGCGCGGCCGCUCCGGUGGUCGCGGCCGGACGAAUGAUGCCGCGGGAAGCCGCGCGGGAGCGCGCGAAGACGCGGGUGGUGCCGCUUCUGCCCGGCCACGGAGGACGUCGCGGUUAGCAGCGGCGGCUGCUUCUGCAGUGGAUAGACGGUCUGCAGGGAGGGUGAGUGGGCCCGGCAGGGCUACACGGGGGGCAGCUGGGGGCCGUGCGGGAGAGGGCGUUUCGGAGGACUGUGGUGGAUCCUCCGGGGACGAUUUAGGUUCACCUCGGCGGCCCUCGGCUCGUUUACCCCCUCUGGGAACGGGGGUUGGGGGGUCUUCCCUCCUGGGUUACGGCUCCUCCGGUGAGGAGGCUUUUUCUACCCCCCUUCCCCUAUUGUCUGCGGCACCUGUGGGUGGCUUACCUGGGGCUGGGGCCCUGCCAGCGGUUCCGGGUCCUUCUGGGGCCCAUGGGCAAUCUUGCUCACCUCUCCUUUCCCUGCAGGCUGGUGCUGGAGUUCUGCCGGAGGUUCCUUCCCGGCUGUCUGGACCUGCGCGACAAGAUGCUGCUAGCAACAUGGCUGCGUGUACGGCACCGCAGGAGGUCUGCCGGUCGCUUGGUGGUUUGGUACUUCCGCAAGUCUGGCUCAUUGGGCAUUCCUACAUCUUCUGGGCCAGGAGGCGGGCUGCGGUCCGCCCGGGCGGGGAACAGUUGGGGUACUCCCCCUUGAGGAUGGAGGUUCGCUGGUUUGGUCGGAGGGGUAUGCGGUGGAUGCAGCUUCUCCCGGAGUUGGUCCGAUUGUCCAGACUUCUGGGGUCGCCUUCUGUUUUAGUUGUUCACCUGGGGGGUAAUGAUUUGGGGGUGGUCCCGGUUAGGGCCCUGGGGGAUAUGAUUCUGCGAGAUUUGGCUACGGUCCGUAUCCUCUUUCCGGAGGUGCAAUUGGUCUGGUCUGAGGUGGUGGCGAGGAAUUAUUGGCGCUAUGCGUCUAGCCAGCGGGCGCUGGAACGGUCUCGGGUUAAACUGAACCGUUGGGUGUCAAGAUUCGUGUCAGGUGAUGGGGGUGUGGCGGUUCGGCACAGGUCUUUUGAGCGGGAUGCUGCCAAUCUCUUUCGGUCUGAUGGCGUCCACCUUAAUGAUAUUGGUCUGGACAUCUUUAAUCUGACGCUGCAGGAUGCGAUAGGUCAGGCCAUGGCUUCGGUUGGUGGGGGUCCCCGCUGAUUUAAGGGGUUAAACAGCGGGGUUUGUGGCGGUUUAUGUGUCCUUGCCGGUCUGGUUUGUUAAAUUUUGGAGUUGGAUGAUGGCGUGAAGGAAGGCUCAAUCCUCCCCUAACCUCUGGUGUAUUGGACGUGCCCACCGAGCUGAUGGACGGCUGGUGGUUAGCAUUGGUUUUGGGACAGCGGAAGGUAGCUGUCAGUGUUAUUUGGACGAGGGGGGAGGCGAGCAUCUGUGUUGGAGUGUACAGUGGUGAGCGGCCGGCAAGGACGGGGUUAAUAGUUUCCUGUGUUGGUAAUGGAGGAAAAUAUGUUAAUCAUGUAUAUUUGUAUAUUUGUAUUUAAAUUUAUUUGUGGAUUCUUUUACAAAGUUAUCUUUAUGGGUAUAUUGUGUUUAGGCCAACACAGUGUGGUUUAUGGUUAUUGUUAAAUAAAAUGUGCUGUGGCCUGAUUUACCCAAAUAAUGUCUCUGUGUCGUUACUCGGUGGGUUUGGUGGCGGUUGGUUGGCGGUGCACGG